GGAUGUACCCAAUAAAAGAGGUUCCUGUGGAGGCAGAUGCCCUGACUGACUGGCUGUAUCAGAGGUUUGUGGAGAAGGAAGAGCUGCUGAACCACUUCUACGCCAAAGGAUCAUUCCCCCCUCAAGACGGACAGAAGGAGGUGGCGUCCCGGCCGAUGAUCCUCGACCCCGUGUGGCUGUGUGUUGUCCAGUCGAUUGCGUUCGCCUCGGGCUACGCGUGGUACAGCGUCCUCCAGUACCUCUACUGCUGUUUAUUUUGAGCGCGCUGAUGAGGCGAGAGUCUUUAUUGGACCACUGGAAGAGCCUCAGGAUCAGUUGGUGUGUGGCCCAGCGUCACACUUGCCCCCUACGAUGGAUGAAUGUACAUUUACAACAGUGGAGAGACUUAAUAGCAAAACAAAAAAAAACAUGAGGAACACACAGAAAACAAAUACAAUAAGGAACUGGUCACAGGCAUAGUUAACUUGCACACAAACCUAAAACCACACACUCGCUCCAACGGCCUAGCAGAAUAAUCUCUCGCACUUGUCACGACUCACAUUUUGAUGUUUACACGUCCUCAUACAUGUAGGCGCUCACACUGACAUAACUUUGUAUUGGAAGUGAACGAAAAAUGAGGCUCAGGACUCCUCCGGAGGACGCUCUGGACCGCACUCUCUCUUCCCCUCUAGGCUUUAGCCGUUGUAGUUUUACAGAGUAUAAAGUAUGUGUGUGUGUGUGUGUGUGUGUGUGUGUGUGUGUGUGUGUGUGUGUGUGAUUGGAUGUAUGUGACUAGAAGCAUAAUGUCUGCCCUUAAUCUUCUUCCUGGCGAGAGUUGAUGAAGCCCACUGGACCUCUCUUUCAGCCCGCUGACACCUUCCAGAGCGAGCGGCUGUGGACGCUGAGGCUGCCGCUCCUCUGGCUUCAUUGCACUAAGGAUCCAUAUACUGCCCUAACUGCUCCCUGUCCCAGGAAAUGUUCCUGCGUGGUAGCUGUCAAUGUUUUUAAUUUUCUUUUUGUUUUCUUCCCCUAACCUGCAUAUCUCCAAAAAAACGACGGCCAUUGUAUGUAGUUGUUGAUGUCUUUUUGUUGACUUUUUGUUUUCCUGUUUGUCGCCUGUCUAUCGAGGCAGUAUUGUGAGAAAAAGGGGGAUAAUGUUUACACUGGCAGCCCUGCUGAGAGCCUAAGUGGGAACGGCGGCUAUGAUGCGGCGCUUGUUUUAGGGAUCGUUUCUGUGUCAGACGUUAAAGGGAGGAAGAGGAGACAGUGCCGUAGUGCUCAUUUUAUUGCAAAGCAGAAAAAAAGGUUGGCACGCAGGGCAAGAAAUUGCAGUCUGAUCAACUCAAAAGUAACUCCCUCUUUGUGGAUUCCCUUCUGCUUUCCGACAUGCAUACACACACAUGCACACACAGCCAUGUGCAGCUACACACAGCAGAGUAUCCUUGAAGGAGCAUCUCAGCGAGCCAGACUGAGAAGGCAGAGACUCUUAUCCCCCAUUGGACUACAUAGUUUUACAAAUAUUUAAGCCAUAUGCUUAGUGUUGUCGGGUGGGGAAAAGACAUGGGGGAAAAAUAUGAUUUUUAUAGAAUGCUACCCUAAUGUUCAGCAUUCUAAAAUAGAGAUUUUGGCUUACAGAACUAUAGGUGUCAUUACUGUACAUUUACAGCAUAACCUGCCUAAGUGAGUGUGUGUGGUUGUCUUUUCCCCCCCUCUUUUGAUAUAUAUGAAUCAUGUCGUGUUGCUCUGUGAUGUCAGAGUGCGGCGGCGAUUUCACCACGAGUGGUCGAAUUAGAUUUCAUUUUAAAUUACAUGAAACUGUCGUCCUCAUGUCAUGGUAUGUUUAAAUCUUGUACAUAACAAAGGUGAGGAAGAGUUUUAAUUGUUGGAAAUGACGGCAGCGUUUCUUUCUCUCUUUUGGUCCGUGAUUAUUUCAGAGAAUUUUUUGUUUAAAAUAUCAUGAAUGUUUUUAAAAAAAAAAAAAGAAAGCGAGGAUUUUCCCUUCACUUCUCAGUGUUAACCUCAGUGUUUUCUUUGUUUUUAUUUAAUUUUAAAAUGUUUGACCUGGAAGUUGUUGUGUGCUUCAGACAUUAGAGCUACUGUACGUCCGUGUGCUGGCUGACACAGCGUUUGCACAGUGACACAUGGGCCCACUUUCAAAUUUGUACCAUUGUACAUUUCAGGAUCAGGAUUUAGUGGGAAAACCUCGACUAUCAAGCCUUACCUGAUGUCCAGGUAGACCACAAUCCCAGAUAAUGCUGUUUCCUCACACUCCCUUGUGACAAACAUUUGUAAAAAAAAGAAGAAAAAAAGUGAUGUCGAGCUAUAACUUGGAGUGGAGAAGGGAUCACUCUUCACUUGUGAGGGAAACUCUGAGAGGGCCUGCAAUGACGCAGCUUUUCUCUCGAAUGUACCUAAAGUUGAUUUUAUGUAAUUGCUUAGCCUGCUUCGAUUAGGAAAAUGAUGGAGGAGCAGCAAUUAUUGUUGUCAUCAACAAAUGCAUAAAUGGUGCAUUUGAGUAUUUUACUGCCCUCCCUGUUGCUAGAAACUGUGAGUGAAAUGCAAAAAAAAGGGCUACUUGACCGGGUAGGUAACACGUUUAAAUCAGGCUGGUGAUGUGAUUCAUUCGUGGCCCUUUCAGAUUCCCCUCCAGUGUGUGAGUGACUUGAAAUGAAGCUUCGUCCUUCUUCCUUUUUUUUUUUUCUCCAGCUUUUUAUUUUAUUUUAUUUUUGUAUUAUCUGACCAUGUUUCCAAAGAAGGCAGGGAAAUAAUGUUUUUCCUUGAUGUGGUUUUAGGAAAUAAACACAAUAGGGAUUUAAACAAAUUAUUCUAGAGCUGUCUGUAAUUUACCAUUUUGUACUUCUCCUUUAAUUCCUAGCUACACAGCCAUUUUACAACACAAAAGACUUGUGCUGGAAUAAAACAUCAUAAAGAUCC